UAGUUUUAAAUGACUUUAUUGUUUUUCGAAGUAUUCUCCACGAAGCAAUUUUCGAAGCACUUCGCUUGCUGGCAGAUCCAAAACGGCCUUUUGAAUGCGUCAACUACUUCUUCUGGUGACUGGUACCUUUGACCACGCAGUCUGUUUUUAAUUUUCGGGAAAGUAAAGAAAUCGUUAGGACUUAGAUCGGGACUAUAUGGAGGAUGGUCCAAUAAUUCCACGAUUU